AUGUCUACUUCAGAACCAAUGAAAAAGCUACGAAAUGCUAGCAAGACUGAAAAACGAUUUACUGUGCGCCAUGCACUUGGCUGGUAUCACUCAAUAGUCAUAAGCGGAUUGUAUAAUGUGGAAAGUGAAGUGACGUUCGAUACCACCAGCAUCAGCUCUUACAUUCCUGCCCUAAAAUGGUGCAUUGAAGCGCACCCUAUCCUGAGCGCCGUUAUACACGGAGAAGAUAGCGAAUACCCCGAAUUCUUUCGACCGACGAACCUCGAUCUUCAGAAUCAUGUCGAAAUUAUUGAUUCAACAUCAACUUUUUACACGUCCGAGGAUGAACUCGAGUUGCUCAAGCAAGUCACCCUCGAAAUCCACGAUCGGCCAUGGCUGAACGUUGAAAGAGUUCCGUCAUGGAAGAUCAUUGUUCUGCCACUACCACACCAAUCGCACGGCACAAAGAAACGGGUCUACAUUUUAUACGCCUAUUCACAUACGCAUGGGGACGGAAAAUCUGGCUUAGCCUUUCAUCGCUCUUUUUUCGAAGGGCUCAAACACGCACAUCUUAACUACGACCAAAGUCUACUUUACUCGCCCCCCCUCUCACAACUUCCAAAACCAUUGGAAGAAUCAUGUGUUUUGAGAGUUUCUUGGACAUACCUUCUCUCACCUUUCCUUGCACAGUAUUUUCCGAGUUACCUAUCUCGUUGGCUCGGAUUAUAUUCGUCACCCACAUCUCAAUCGACAAGCGCCUAUAUCGGUGAACCUGUAACCCACAAUCCCGAAUCCUUUCAUACUGGGUCUCAGAUUCUGUUAGUAGACAGAGAUCUACUGGGAAGAGUACUGACAGUCUGCAGAGAACAUGGUGCCAAGUUCACUGGACUUUUCAAUCAGCUGGUAGUACGCGCAUUGAGCGAGAUGGUGAGACCUGAGACUGGACCUCACAACUUUGUUGGAGCGAUUGUUCUUGACUUACGACCGCUCAUAUCGACUCUAUCCAAUGACACCAUGGGCAACUAUGUAUCUGCAAUGUAUGAGUACUCACCCAGGAUCAGUGGUGACACCGCAUAUCCUGAAGCAUUCUGGGGUGCUGUUCGUAAGACGACUUCUCGUCUCAAAGAUGCUGCAGGUACACUCAAUGAUCAGCCCAUAGGGUUAUUGAAGUAUCUCGGCAACGUCCGCUCAUGGUAUCUCAAACAGCUGGGACAGGAUCGCAAUUUGUCCUAUGAGAUUAGUAAUCUUGGUAUAUUUGAUCCUUCAUUAUUUGCUGCCAUGAGGAAAUCAGAAAAAGACAAUAGGACAUGGGAAAUUGGAAGGGUCAUAUUCUCUCAACCUGCAAACGUCACUGCCGCACCUCUCAACUUUCAAAUUGUGACACUGAAAGAUGCCGACAUGGUGAUUACAUUGAAUUGGCAAAUCGGGGUUCUAGGUGUUCCUAAUGAGAAUUCAUUCACUGAGGAGAUCUUGACAAAGGUGAAGGGGAUGUUAGGGGAAGUGGUGUUCAGCUCUUGA